ACUUCCUGUGACAUUUUUUAUAGACAAGAAAGUCUGAUGAUCAGACCGUCUUUAAUGAACGAUGGAGUCCAAUUCUACCUGUAAAUCUAUCAAUUUUGAUUUCACACACACAUUUCUGCCCUCAGUCUACGUGGCUGUUUUCGUCCUUGGAGUUAUUGGCAACUGUUUGGGGCUGAAAUCCAUGUAUGAUAACUGGAGGAAAAUUGGUAAUGUCAAUAUCUUUGUGCUCAACCUUUGCCUGGCGGACAUUUUAUAUCUUUUAACCUUGCCCUGUUUGGUGGUUUACUACGCUUCCAGCAGCAAUUGGAUAUUUGGAGAUGUUUUCUGCAAGAUUUUAAGAUUGUGUUUCUGCAUCAACCUGUACGGAAGCAUUGGUUUCCUCACGUGCAUCAGUGUUUACAGGUACCUCGGCAUCGUUCACACUUUGAGAGCUAAAGGCAGAAUUACAACCAGACACUCUGUGGUGAUUGCUUCGCUGGUGUGGUUCUUGGUGUUUCUACAGUGCCUGCCUGAUAUGUUCUUUGACAAAACCAACAGCAAUGUAACAUCAUGUUUUGACACAACGUCGGACAAGUACAUUAGGGAAUACCUGAAGUACAGCGUCGGAAGAACGGUUGUUGGAUUCGCGAUCCCGUUGUUAAUAAUGUUAUGCUGCUACGGACAUGUGGCGUUUACUCUGAUGUCAAGGAAAGACACAGAUGUCAUCUUGAAGCUGAGGUGUCUCCGGCUGGUUGUCAUCCUGACCCUGCUCUUCGCUAUUUGUUUUAUUCCUUACCACAUUUUUAGAAAUUUAAACCUGGCAACUCGAAUCUCCAAACUGGAGGGCGCGUGUCUGAAAUGGUAUUCUAAUGUGUACAUCGCAAACCAAGUUGGUAAUGGAUUGGUCUGCCUGAAUAGUGCGAUCAACCCACUGGUUUACCUCUUUAACAGUGAUGAUUUACUGAUGAAGUGCUUCGUAAAGUCCGGACGAGCCCCUCAAUCUGCUGCUGUCUCUCUUGUGGCAGACUGUCCCUUACAGAAGCAAACUCUACACAGCAUGGCAAAUUUAUGAAUUAUAGAUGAGUAUUCUAUGUGGUGUGAUGACUUUUUCUCGCCUCGAGUACAUGGCUGUUCAUCAAGAGUGACUGAAACGAUUCAUAUCUUGUUCAUUUUUAUGACAGUUGUGGUUUCUUUGGAACCCCACUCUGUUAUGUAGACUGCAGAUCUCGUGACAAGAUAUAUGCUCUAAUGUCUCAUUGUUUUCUGAAAAACAGAAGUGAGUUUGUUCGUGUUUCAGUUUCCAAACAUCAAGGUUGAGGUAACCUGAAUGUGGUGUAUUUUUAUGUGGCUUGUAAUGCUUAGUUUACACAUUGAAUGACUGAAAAAAAAAAUUCCUUCUUAUUUUUGCAGUUUUUCAUACAUACAGAACUUCACAGAAGUGCUCUAGUUUCUAAGCAACAUAAUACUACUAAAACAAACACAAAUUGACCUUAUGGUUUUUAUUACACAAGAUUGCACAAAGGAACAGUAAUAUAAUAUCCACAUUAAGAUAUGACACACCAAGCAAUCUUAUAUGAUUGCCAUGUGGUAAAGUAAAAGCAAAACUGAAAGAACUGAACUUUCCUCAAAACAGAUGGAUAGAUAGAUAGACUUGCAUCCCAAUACAUGAACAAAACUAUGCAAGGUACUAAAUACAAACAAGAUGGAGUUAUUUUAACUAAAUAUCAUACAGAAAUGGGUACUGUGUUUUAUCUUUGCUUGAUGGCCAACAUAAAAAAUUACUCUUUAAAGAAGAAGAAAAAAAGUAAAUCUUUAUUAUCCCCAUUACUUUAACACAGAUUGUAAAUAUAUAUUGUUUUUUAUAUAAAUAUAUUUGUUUAUAUUCUCUUUUUUAACACUGUCGAAGCAAUAAAAUUUAACAGAUACUGACAAGCUUUUCAUAUUGGUUAUAAAUGAGCGAAUAGCCUACUGAGUAAUUAAUUGUGCAUAAUUUCUAGUGUUUUAAUAUCACCCCAAUAUUAAAACUCUACACUAUGCUGUCCAAAAAAAGAUAAUCUAAAUAUGAAAAUGGUAGAAAUUAAGCACAAUUAAUUAAGAGUGUACAACUGGUGAGAGCGGAAAAUAUAGGAAUGCAGGACUGUCAAUCAGUGUGGCAUGCAAUGUGACAUCACACUGGAUGAGAAUCAAAAAGGCAGGCCUAGUGAGACUGACUUGGUUUAAAGUGUAUUCAAAAAUUAAGAGUGCAUGGAUUUUUAUGAUUAUGUUGUGGUUGUGUUCACACACUGUCAACACACAUUUAUGUUCAAACACCAUGUAAAAGUGGAUUUUGCAUAAUAGGUGACCUUUAGAUGUGUUAGUUC